UUCUGAUUCGGCAGCAUUCCAAGCAAUAUGCGAAUUAGAAAGACGAACACAACUAGUAUUAGGUUCUUUAAAAAUGGCGAUGCUAGCGGAAAAGAGAAUCAAAACGCGAUAUUCGAGAGACCCUAGAAAUACUGCGUGGGCAAAUGACACCAACAAGUUUGGAGAGCGCAUGCUAAAACAAAUGGGAUGGAGCAGAGGCAAGGGUCUAGGUGCAAAUGAAGAUGGUAACACUGAACAUGUCAAACUUGACAUGAAGGAUGACAACAGAGGUGUGGGUUGCACUAACAUUCACGAUGACAACUGGAUUGCACACCAAGAUGACUUCAAUGCAAUCCUCACCCAACUCAAUGAGAGUCAUGGGAUCAAAAAAUCCAAAAAGAAGAAGAAAACAAAGAAGGACAAUGAGACAGACCUUACUCAAAGUCUAGAGCAGAAGUCUAAGAAGUCAAGGUCUAGAGUGCACUACCACAAGUUUACUAAAGGAAAGGACCUAACAGGUGCUAGUCAGGAUGAUCUGGCAUGCAUUUUAGGCAACCGGAAUGCCAUGUCUGCUCCUGCUACUCCUCUCACGAGAUCCGAGGUGAAUUCUGAUGUAGAAAGCGUGGUCUCCUGUCCUGAAGAGAAAACCGAGCAGUUCUUGGUAUCUUCCACUUCUGUUCAGGACUAUUUUGCAUCAAAGAUGAAGCAGCUGCAACAGGCACGAGCAGCAGCGCAGGGCAGAAUUUGUGCUACAGCGCAGGCUGCAAAUCCUAUAAAUGACGAAUCAAGUGAUGAUGGGCUUGGAAGGAAUGCCUUUGGAUUCGGUUUCUCUCAAGCACCAGUUGAUGAUGGGAUACCAAGGGAGGCAGGUGCGUCAUUGCAUCAAACCUUACUCUCUAGCCUCGCUCAAAAUAUGGAGAGUUCAGCAAAUGUAGAUAGUAAGAAGAAAAGAAAACGCAACAAGCUUGACGAGGAUAGUGGGGACAAACGAACUGAGGUGAUGCAUACUGAUGUGAACUCUGUAGGGGAUGAAAGUAAUAUGCCUACAAAAAAGAUGAAGAAGAAAAAGAAAAAACAUAAAUGUGUGAGUGAAGCCAGUUCAAAAUGUUCCACAGAAGAAACACCAACCUCAGAUCUACCUAAUAAGAAGAGAAAAAAGAAGGCUAAACUAGAUCGUGUUAAAGAAAAGAACCAGCAAUUCAAUAAAGACCUAGAUAUAAGUUCUACUGAAACAAAGCAAUUGAAAAGGAAAAAGAGUAAAAAGUCAAAGUAAAAUUGUGAAAGAUUGUUUUGUGAGGAUUUCACAAGUUUUGUGAUUAUUGUUAAUUGAAAAGGUAUAGUGGGAAGAUUGAUAGUGCUUAAACUUACCAGUACCAAAUUUCUUGAGUGGUGCUACUGUUACGUUGGAUUCCCGAUGUGUACGUUAUUAGGUAAUCAAACACUACAUUUUUACGCAUUGAUAUUUUUAGCAUUAUCAUAAUUUUACAUCAUGGUGUCGAAUCAUGAACAUUCAGGUCAGUCAAAUUUUGUUCACGUCAUAAUUAAUGUUUUAGAUUUGUUUCCUUUUUUUCAAUAGAUGAAUACUGCAUAUUUCUUAAAGUUAAAGAGAAGAAUGUCUAUAAUCUUAUAAUUUUCCAGUAUCAGUAAACACCAAAUCUUGCGGUUUCAGUUGAGUGAUUACACCAUAAGCUAACGCAUUCAGUUAUAGUUGGAAUAAUGUAGCUGUAUUUUAUUUACAUCAAAGAUUUGUACACUGAAAGGAAUGUGUGUAAGUAAAUAUACACAUCUGUUACUACAGUAAGUACAUAGCAUUAAAGAUUCACAACUAUUUUACAA